AUGACGGGCACCAGCGGGCUCCCUCUGCAGGCCGAGGUCGGGGACGAGUUCGCGCACGACCUGGCCACGCUGCAGAAAUCCGGAGGCGCGGCGGACGGGGCGCCGGUCGUGCCCCCCUACUGCGGCAAGGUCAGCCGCUGCCUCAGCCACCUGCAGACCCACAUUCGGAUCCACACCGGCGAGAGGCCCUACGCCUGCAGUUACUGCCAGUUCCGCACGACGCAGAAGGUGGCGCUGAAGGAGCACAUCUACACGCACACGGGAGAAAAGCCGCACGUGUGCCCCCACUGCGACUUCAGGUGCGCCAAAAAGUGCAACUUGAACUCGCACAUCAGGAGGCAUCACGGGGCCCAGGCAGCGGGGAUGCACUUGCCCGAGUCCAUAAUGUGAAAGUGGAGUGAUUUCUCUUUGAGUGUUGAGUGAUUUCCUGACAGGUGAGAACAAUCAAGAACACAAUAACAAAAUAGUUAUAAAACAAUUUAAACAAAAUCGCACUGUGAAUAUAAUUUGGAAAAAGGCAUUGUAACUCAUUAGACAAAAUAGAAAAGUAAAAAUGUGUAGUAGAAUAUGCCCUGAAGGUAUUCAGCUAAUUAAUGUGUAGAUACUCAUGUAUAAAAGUCACAUUUGCAUUUACAAAAACAAACAAACAAACUUUAUAUCAUUAAAAGCGAUUCAUCCAUCCGAUAUUUCAUUCGUGUUCUACUCUGCUAAUUCAUAAUUUAUUUUUUAUUUUUUCUAUU